CGCGUCCUAUGCGCAUUCUUGCAAAUUGACAAGAGGACAAGAUGGCCACAGAACUGACGCGUCAAACCGAGGAGUUCUUCAACAAAGUAUUAAACACUAACGCCUCAAACCAAGAGAUUUUGGAGGUAUACAAAGACUGGGCCCGGAUAUACGACGACUCUGCAGCGAUUUUGGAUCACGAAGGCCCCUCUAUAGUAGCCAAGGAAGUGGAGAAACUCUUUGAGGAGAAGAAAGAUGCCCUCAUUUUAGACGUGGCGGCGGGAACUGGACGGUUGGGUGCGGAGUUGAAGAAAAAUGGAUUUCACAACCUAGAUGCCUUGGAUGCCAGCAAAGAAAUGUUGGAAAUAGCAAAGGAAAAGAAACUGUACAGAAACGUCGUCUGCGAUCUUUUAGGCCCAAACCGCCUUGACAUACCAGACGAUACCUAUGACGCCAUCAUAACAACGGGCAGUUUCUGCCCUGGUCACUUGAACGGAAGUUGUUUGGCUGAACUGAUACGCAUCGUAAAACCAGAUGGCUACAUCGUUAUCGUCUUGAGAAAGGAAUUGUUGGACGAGGAAUAUGGACGGGAUCUUCUGAAAAUUAUGGAUGACCACGUCAGUUCAGGACGCUGGACAGUAGUCUCCAGGCGUCCAGUUCCCCGUUACAUUGGGCCUAAGGACGGAAUGGUGUUUGUACAUCGCGUUAAGUGAAUAAAGCCUGAACACACUAGCGUUUCAGCGUUAUAAAGAUGUUCUGGGUCGCUUAUUAAAUUAAUGAUAUUCUGUACUUGGUUGUGGUCAUUUUGACAGAAAUUCUUAAAGUUGUUUAGUUGAAAACACUGUUGUCUUGUACGCUUUGUUUUGGCAUUGUUUCGACUGUUUUCGUUGAAAAAUUUGAGGAUUCCUUAGAAUUUAUUUCAAGUAAAUGGCAUUGUCCUAGAAAAUCGUGGUUGUUGUAUCUUAGUGACAUAUACCUGUACAAUAACAGCUGUAGUAUCAAUCAGAGGUUGUAAGUCUUAGUCUUAAGAAUCCCUGCGUUUCCUAAACGUUUAUAUUUGAAACAAAUAUUAUCCAUAAAUGAAUAAGAUAAGAUUAUUGAAAGUUGAUUUAAG